AUGUCUUCUAACAAUCCACCGGAUAAACCUUCUUCCUCCUCUAACUCCGGCCACCACAAGCCACAUCCGCUUCCACCGCAGCCUAGCCGCUACGAAUCGCAAAAACGCCGAGAUUGGAACACGUUCCUACACUACCUCAAAACCCUAAAUCCACCGGUGACAAUAUCUCAAUUCAACCACACACACGUGCUAAGCUUCCUCAACUACUUAGACCAGUUUGGUAAAACCAAAGUCCAUAACCAAACUUGUGUCUUCUUUGGACAACCCGAUCCACCAUCUCCUUGCACGUGUCCACUUAAGCAAGCUUGGGGAAGCUUAGAUGCUUUGAUCGGAAGGUUGAGAGCAGCUUACGAUGAACACGGUGGUGGAUCAUCCGAUAAUAACCCGUUUGGAAACGGGUCGAUCCGGAUCCAUUUGAGGGAAGUGAGAGAGUCUCAAGCUAAGGCUCGUGGAAUACCGUAUGGGAAGAAAAAGAAACGAAAGAAGAACAAAAACGACGUCGUCGCUGUCAAGAAAGAUUUUUCAAACUCUUCGGGGUCAUAA